UCAAAUCAAUCAAAAUCCCCCCAAAAUCUUAUUAUCAUUUUCCCUCUAGGGUUUUCAGUCGGAGGAAAAUAAGAAGAACAAGAAAAAGAAAAAGAGUUGUUGAGGGCUUUAGUGCGAUCACUGUCUUGUUCUCUUUUGGGUUGUGUUUUUUCCGGAAUUGAGUGAAGAUGUCGUUGAGGCCGACCGCAAGGACGGAGGUUCGGAGGAACAGGUACAAAGUGGCGGUGGACGCCGAGGAAGGGAGGCGGAGGAGGGAGGAUAACAUGGUGGAGAUUAGGAAGAACCGCCGUGAAGAGAGUUUGCAGAAGAAGCGACGUGAAGGACUCCAAGCGCAGCCAAUGCCUGCUUCUCUCCACUCCUCUGCUGUUGAAAAAAAGUUGGAAAAUUUGCCAGCCAUGGUUGCUGGUGUUUGGAGUGAGGAUAGUAAUCUGCAGCUUGAGUCAACCACUCAGUUUAGGAAAUUGCUUUCAAUUGAACGCAGCCCUCCUAUUGAGGAAGUAAUACAAGCUGGUGUUGUUCCUCGCUUUGUUGAGUUCCUUAUGAGGGAAGAUUUCCCGCAGCUUCAGUUUGAGGCAGCGUGGGCCCUCACAAAUAUUGCUUCUGGAACAUCUGAGAACACAAAGGUGGUAAUUGAUCAUGGGGCUGUUCCAAUAUUUGUCAAGUUACUUGGUUCCCCGAGUGAUGAUGUUCGUGAGCAGGCUGUGUGGGCAUUGGGAAAUGUUGCUGGUGAUUCUCCUAGAUGUCGUGAUCUUGUUCUUGGCCAUGGUGCUUUGCUUCCUUUGUUGGCACAGUUGAAUGAGCAUGCAAAACUUUCUAUGCUGAGAAAUGCUACUUGGACACUCUCAAAUUUUUGUCGGGGCAAGCCACAGCCUCCCUUUGAUCAGGUUAAACCUGCACUUCCUGCUUUGGCACGCCUUAUUCACUCAAAUGAUGAAGAAGUCUUAACUGAUGCAUGUUGGGCGCUCUCAUAUCUUUCUGAUGGUACAAAUGACAAAAUUCAAGCUGUUAUCGAAGCGGGUGUAUGUGCGCGUCUUGUGGAACUUUUGCUGCACCCAUCUCCUUCAGUGCUCAUUCCUGCUCUUCGCACUGUUGGAAAUAUUGUUACAGGAGAUGAUCUGCAAACCCAGUGUAUCAUCAAUCAUCAAGCAUUGCCAUGCCUUUUGAAUCUGUUGACAAAUAAUUUUAAAAAGAGCAUCAAGAAGGAAGCUUGUUGGACAAUUUCAAAUAUCACAGCUGGAAAUAAGGAGCAGAUACAGGCUGUGAUUGAAGCUAAUAUUAUUGCUCCACUGGUUCAUCUGCUUCAAAAUGCUGAAUUUGAUAUUAAGAAAGAAGCUGCGUGGGCCAUCUCAAAUGCUACAUCAGGUGGAACUCAUGAUCAAAUCAAGUUCCUUGUAAGUCAAGGUUGUAUCAAGCCAUUAUGUGAUCUUCUUAACUGCCCUGAUCCAAGGAUAGUUACAGUUUGUUUAGAAGGGCUUGAAAAUAUUUUGAAGGUAGGAGAAGCUGAUAAGAAUCAGGGCAAUACUGGAGGUGUGAAUCUCUAUGCACAAAUGAUUGAUGAUGCAGAGGGUUUAGAGAAGAUUGAGAAUUUACAGUCUCAUGAUAACACUGAGAUCUAUGAAAAGGCUGUGAAAGUUCUUGAGACAUAUUGGUUGGAGGAGGAGGAUGAGACAAUGCCACCAGGUGAUGCCUCUCAAACAGGGUUUCAGUUUGGACCUGGUGAGGUUCAUGUUCCGUCAGGGGGAUUCAAUUUCAGCUAGAGGAAUUAUAUCUGGUCCUGUAUAAGUCCUUAUGGAUAUGGUGGAACAAUAGUUGGGUUCCAGGUCAGGCGUCUUGUUGUCAUGUUUGGGUCCUGUCCAGGGUCGGGUGUGGUGUCGAGGGUGCUGGGCUGGCUUGGGUUAAGAACACACAGCCAGGUUCAUAUUAUGCAAGAAAGGAAAUGGAGGGAAGAUGAGCUUGGUGAUCUGCUACAAUAAAUUGAGGAAUCAGAGUGUUUAUUUUGGGUGCUCGUGAAACAAAUAUUGGGGUCUGUCUCAAUUUGUAGUUGUCAUGGUUAGUGGUGAUGUCUUUGCAAUAGCAUUGCUGGGUGAUUUUGGCAAUUCCCAAAACAGUUACACCUUGUUAUGAGUAACAUGGGAAUAUUCUUUUGCUUCUACGUAAUUGGAGUGUUGUGUUGUCAUUUCAUGCAUCAAAAUAUGCCUCUUUUAGAUAGUCUUAUAUUUUUUGUGUAGUGUAUACAAUGCCUUGUUGGAAGGUUUGUCAAAACAUCAUUUGAAGGGGAAAUAGAGUUACUACUACUGUAAUUGGU